GACGUGAGGCUCCCGCGACCGCCUCGUGCAGCCUCCUCCCCCUUCGUGCCUUUGUGUCUUUGGACCACACGACUUGCCUCUCUCUUUUAUGGUCCAACGGAAAUCCUGCACAAUGCUGCAACACUAUCUCUAACUUUUCAUACCCUGUGCUGGCCACAGUCGACAAAAUCUCUACAUCCUUUCCUUGAGUAUUCAUUCCUCUAGUACCUGCUGUCCCUGCUGUACCUCACAUCCUCCAAUCUUGUCCAGAUUCCUGGGACAUCGGGCCCUCUACCGUAUAGAUGCACACAGCCAAUUUCCCUUGUACGAUGGAUUGACGCUAACUGGCCAACAACUGACGAUCCCUCAUCUUAUUACACCUCCGUCUUAACACCCGGCACCCUGCCCUCGGGCCCAGCGUCCAUCCCAAUAACCCAUACCCCAUGCUGUCUCUGCCCCAGACCCUUCGCAAAAGGAGUCUUUGUACCACCACGACGAGCUCGUGUGAGCUGACAACACCGCUCCUCCUCUUUCUUCCUCACCGUCGAACCUAACUUCACCACUCACCCUCCACUGCUGUCCAAACUCCUGCCUGACAUGCAUUCAGGCAGGAUGUUUGCAUUUGGCUAUGCCCUCCGCAAGAGGCAGGAUACUCGCUUUGACGAUCUCCCUUCGACCAUUGCACCUCCUACAGAAACUCCUCUACCUACAGCCAUCGUCCCCUCAGAUGUGGUGACAGAUCCAACGGCCAUCGCCUCAGUCGUCUCUGCAGAAGCUCCUUCGGGCUUGACGACCGUAAUCGAGACACAGACACUCGCUCUCACAGGUCCUGUCCCUAGCACCGUCACUUCAGUCCGAACCAGAACGAUUACAGACCCUCUCGAAUAUGCUUCCAUCACCUCUGCUGCCGCCGCUUCCUCGUCUCCCACCACCGAACGCACCUCUUCAAGAGCCUCCUCUACGUCCCAAGCUACAGCCGGUGUUGCCACUGACGCUCCAUCAUCCAACCUGAGUACACUUAUUCCUGCCAUCGUGGUGCCUAUCGUCGUCGUAUUGCUCGCUUCGUUGGCUCUCUUUUGGUUCAUCCUCCGCAGGAGACAUAGAAGAGAACUUUCAGACCAGCCUGAAUUCGUCAUGGCGGGCAAGGGCGAGAAGUUGAGCAGCAGGUCCAAUAGUGCGAGGUCGGUCAGCUCAGAACUACGACCCAUGGAGAAGAAGUCGUCUCCAAUUGUGGCUCAGAAAGAACUUCCCUCGACGUCAGCGUGGAGAUCUCCAGCAGCAAAAUCCACGGAAUGGCCUACUGCGGAAAUCGGUCUUGCUCGUCCCCUGACUCCACAAGAUCCUAGGACAGAGAGUUAUACCCGACCAUUUGAUCAGUCUCCCGUUGCAGCUCCCUCACCAGCUCGCUCGUAUCGAAAUUUCAGUGGCCCGUCGCCCUCACCACACACAACCACCCCUGGUCGCGGCCAUCCUCCACCAGUAGCUUUGAAUGGAGGGGCAGGCAGAAGUCGUGGAAACAGCAUUACCAACCAGCGACCACCUCCCUCUUCUCGAUCAGGACCAAGCCCAACCUCCCGAAGUGGCAUGAGCCCUACCAAGCUCACCGGUCCAAGCCUUCCGAGAACCAUGGCUACGGGAUUGCCAGGCUCAGCCAUUGCUCCUUCAACAGCCUUCCGCCUCCGAGAUCCAUCCCCAAGCAUGAAUCAGAAUAAUCGUGCUCAAGCUCCUUCGCGUCUCGAGGCUCCUGGUGCCUAUAAUGGUGCCUCCUCCAUCUCCCAGUAUUCACCCAUUGUUAAGGACUCUCCAGCAUCGGCAUUGUCAGGUCCAUCCAAUAAACGGCAACCUCCCCCACCUCUCACAACCAUGAACUUGAACAAGUCCCUCAAAACACCAUCGUCUGCUUCACCUGGCGGCAUGACGGAAGAGAACCUACGAAUUGCUCGACUUGCAACGUCUUCCCGAUUGGGCCACAGCCCAGCAGAACCCAGCCCUUCGCCCAAACUGCCUCCACCUGCCACACGUUCUCAGUUAAUUCCCCGCGAUGGCUCUCGGUACGUGCUUGAUGACUACUACACAACACCCAAUGCCUCCAGUGCCUCUCGCCGACAAGGCGCUUCUAAGCGGAGUAGCAUCGUUUCCGACGCGGACGAGUAUGAGGAUAUUGACGCCAAGUCGGAUGUCAGCAGCCUCAACGAAUUUGAACGGUUCGACUUUGGAGAAGGCGCUGGCAGUCGCUCUGGGAGCGCUGCGGGUACUUCGCUCAACUAUUUUGCCGCCCAAAACAGUCCGGCGAGUGGUCGCGGAAGUCCCUUUGGGACCGUCCUUCCUCAUGAACGAUGGUAGUGGGGCCACUUGACACAGAGCUUGGACCCCGUGGAUUGUUCCAGGACUUAAGCCAUCAUCAAAAAUUCCUCACCAAACCUCACGACAUCAAGCAUUGCAUUUCCAGCAUCACAAGCUACGGCCCGGCGCAAUUUCUUUUAUCUCCUACUAAAUGUCUUGGACCUCUAUUAUUGGUUUGGGAUCCACCGGAACUCGACAACGAGGACAUACCAAAACAUGAUCAUUGUCAUAAUACCCAUCUCGAAAUGAUACCCACUACUAUACAAUGCCCACGACCCGGGCGUUCAAACAGCUAACUCGGCCACGAUCUGUUUAGAUACAAAGCGUUCUGUCCUCAUGCCAGAAAAUUAAUGUUGAAGAGAAACUAUAUGAUGAGGAGGAGGGAGAAAGAAAACUGAGUACUACUGCCUACUCAUGUUUGUCAAUACCUAGUAUAUCACACUUGAUAGACCCUAAAGUGUCUACUAGUUUGCGAGAUGCAGAAUACAAUUGUUCGGCUCCUAACAUUAG